AUGCAGAGUCUUCAUAAAGUGAUUUGUAAACGACGCAUGCAAACAUGCUCCCUCUUCAACUUCCAACUUCGACGCAAUGUGGCCUUCUCUCGAAGCAAAGUGCUGUUUUGGAAAAAUGAGCUGGCGAAUCAUGCAACACCGAGGAAAACCCCUAAGAAAUCACCCCAAGCUGAUAUGAGCAGAAACGAAGCAUAUCACAAGGAAGAACCGCCCAUUGCCAAGUCGACUUCUGCACCACCCGAAACGAAAGAAGGAGACCAUAAACAUAACAGUCUUAAAAUUUACCGCGAAGGCCCUAAUACCGAAAGUGGCGAAUUGGGUCCUAAAUCCAAAUCCGAGGAAGUCAAACGCCAUAACAAAUUUGUUGCUGAUCAUCAUGAAACGCUCUAA